GUUCUUUUUUUUUUUUUUUAAAGGGAACUGAUUUAAACGCCCUAGUCGCGUCCUCAAGGAGCCUGGUGUGCUGGUGUGGAUUUGCAUGAUGGGGGUCAAAGCGGCUCUUCCAAAGUAUGAGCUCUAUUUUUAUUAUGUGGUGCUGUCCAUGGCAAUGCUCUGGGCAGCCAGCUGGAUUUUUGACGUGUCCAGCUUGAAUGCAAAUCGAAAGGCUUUCAGGUCACACGUUCAGCCUGGAUGGUACUACUUUGGCAGGAAAAUGGACACGGCUGAUCCAGAAUGGAUGAUGUGGUUCUCCACGUUCCGCGAACACAUCGUCUUUGCUCUGUCCGGCCAUGUCUUGUUUGGCAAGAUCUGCUCCAUGCUGGCUCCUCAGUACAGGUCUCUGGUGUACAUGGCGUACGGAAUCUUGGCGGUCCUCACCAGUAUGGGCUGGACGUACGUGACGUUGAUCCUCUCACACUGCGUGCUGCUCUACAGCAUCUCGUUGGUAAAACUUCGCUGGCUUUGUUUCGCUGCGGGACUCGUCACCCUCGCCACGUUUAAAAUGGAGCCCUUCGUGUCCUGGCAGGCCGGCUUCGUGAGCGGUGAGUUUUCUCUUCGUCCUGUUCUCUUCUACGGCGGUUGUGGUUUCACCAUCAUGCGCUGUAUCAGUUUUGCUCUGGAGAACUGUGAAAGAAAGGACGGACACUACAGCAUCCUGGACUUGCUGAAGUAUAACUUCUACCUCCCCUUUUUCUACUUCGGGCCCAUCAUGACCUUCGAUAAGUUCUACGUCCAGGCGAAUAACCCAAACCUGAGCAGGAAAGAAAGGGAGAUGUGGAACAUUUCCAUCCAGGCCCUGGUGAAUUUGGGGAUUAUCAUUAUGAUUGCCGUCCUCUUCCACUUCAUGUACAUUCUAACCAUUCCCAGUGACAUGAAGCUGCUCAAACACGUCUCAGACUGGGCUAUCGCUGGCCUGGCGUAUAUAAAUGUGGUGUACGACUGGGUGAAAGCUGCGGUGAUGUUCGGUGUCAUAAACACAAUAGCCCGACUGGAUCAUCUAGAUCCUCCCAAACCUCCCAAAUGCAUCACCAUGCUCUACGUCUUCUCUGAGACGCACUUUGAUCGAGGAAUUAAUGACUGGCUUUGCAAGUAUGUGUAUAACUACCUCGGUGGUAAACAUGAUAACGUAGUGGAUGAGCUCAUAGCCUCGCUGUGCACGUAUGGCAUUUGUGCACUGUGGCUUGGACCAGGCUGGGUGGUCCUAAUCUGGGCUUUCUUCAACUGCUUUGGCCUGAACUUUGAGCUGUGGUUGUCCAAGUUCUUCUCCGUGGAGCCUUUCACUACCAUUGAGUCAGCGAUGUCUGAAUCCAUGUCCCGCCGAAUCAGAGCCGGUUUUAAUACUUUUAACUACUGGAGUAUCAUCCUGUACAACAUCCUGGUCCUCAACAACAUUGAAUUCGCUAAGCUCGUCGCCAAGAGGCUCCUGCUGAAAGGUUUUCCAUUUUCCACCAUCACUCUGCUGUUUGUGACCUACUGCCUGGUGCAGAUCAUUAAGGAGAAAGAAAGGAAGCAGGCUCUGAUCAUCGAUCCCGAUCCUAUUCCCCCUCCUGCUCCUGCGCCUGCGCCCCCUCCAGCCACCAUCAAGGCCCAGAGCGAGCCCGCCAAUGCCGCUGCUGCAGACCCUAACAAAGAGAAAGCGGAGUUUGGAAAAGAGAAGCAGGGGAGGUUAUUUGGAGGUACAAAGAAAAUGAUCAAUAAAAGUACCUUACCAUCAGAUCUACAAAUACAAUUUUUUCACUAUGACAGUAGCAGUUUUGAGUACGCUCACUUUCCCUGCACACUCGGCGACCUCUAUCUGUUACAUGACGGCCACACUAACCGAGAACGGCCACUGGUUUUCCAGCACGUGUGAAGCCACUGGCCAUCUUUACCCCAUUACACAUCCUGGUGCUCAUUCAGUCAAAAUAACAUUUGCACAAC